CACAAACGGGGACGUAUAUUCUGAACUUGGAAUACUAAAAUAUGUGACAUGCUCGAGCGUUACCCAUUAUGAACCUUACCGGAAUGUACGAGCUGCGGAGAAAGUGAUCAGAACAGACCUACUCAGGCAGAUGCAGACAGACGAAAUGGAGGUACCUAUCAUUAAUAAUAUUAACAGUAACUGCAACAAACAAAGGCCUCUGCCGAAUGGGAGAGAUGUAUUCAAGAAUCAGCUGAAGGAUGGGGAGAGCUCCAUGGAAUCCCCAAACCUGGAGUUUGAGUAUGGGGAUACAGACGGCCUGACUGCAGAACUCUCAGAGAUCUACAGUUACACAGAGGAGCCGGAGUUUGCCCUGAACCGGGACUACUUUCUGGAAGACUUCAGGAGCCAUGCGCAGGGGAGGAGGUGGAUCACGCUGAGCUUGGCGGAGCAGCGGGCGUAUGUGAUGAGGCUGCUAGAUGCUUUGGAGGUCACAGACCGGGACAAAAGGUUAAAGGUUGCCCGGGCUAUCCUCUACCUGGCCCAAGGGGUGUUCGCGGAGUGCGACUCGGACACGGACGUGAUCCGCUGGUCUCGCCACAACGUGUUCCUGCUGUACGACAUGGGUAUCUUCACCGCUCUGCUGGAGCUGCUCAGCAUGGAAAUGGAUAACAACCAAGCCUGCAGCAGCGCAGUGAGAAAACCAGCCAUUUCUCUGGCGGACAGCACAGAGCUCAGGGUCCUGUUGAGCGUCAUGUACCUGAUGGUGGAGACCAUUCGUCUGCAGACGGAGGACGACCAGCCCGACUGGACGACUGCCAGAGAAGCCUUCAGGACUGAACUGGGUUCUCCUUUGUACAAUGGAGAGCCUUUUGCUCUGCUGCUCUUCACCAUGGUGACGAAGUUCUGCAGUAUGAACGCUCCCCACUUCCCCAUGAAGAAGGUCCUGUUGCUUCUCUGGAAGACCGUUUUGUUCACCAUGGGGGGCUUCGAGGAGCUCCAGGAGAUGAAGGUUCGAGGCAGAGAGAGACUGAGUCUGCCUCCCCUGCCGGAGGACAGCAUCAAGGUGGUCCGCAGCAUGAGAGCAGCCUCUCCCCCAGCCUCGGCCAUGGAGCUCAUAGAACAGCAACAGCAGGCCAAGAGAGGACGCCGCAGCCGAAGGAGUGCCUUUGUUGAUAGCAUGGAAGGAGACAGUCCCUUUGCCAAGAAGCAGCCCCUGGUGAAGCAGGACAGCCUUGACACGUACAACGAGCGCGACCCGUUUAAGAAUGACGACGAGGACGACAGUGAGGACGCCGACGGCAACUUAGAGAGCGAGGUGGAUCCCCUCGACCGCGAUGUCAUCAUCCAGCCGCCGCCCCCGCCUCCCCCGCUCCGACCUCCAACAGAUAGGGCGUCCCUCCCCAAAGGUCUGCCCUGGGCACCCAAAGUCAGAGAGAAAGACAUUGAGCACUUCCUAGAGAUCAGCAGGAACAAGUUCAUAGGCUUCACCCUGGGAAGUGACACGGAAACCCUAGUCGGUCUUCCUAGACCAAUCCAUGAGAGUGUGAAGACCCUGAAACAGCACAAAUAUGUCUCCAUAGCCGAGAUGCAGAUCAAGAAGGAAGAGGAGCUUCAGCAGUGUCCUAUGACUCUGGGAGAAGAGGAUGUGGAGGAGACCCCAACAGAGGUCCUGUAUCUGGGAAUGCUCCCUAACCUCUCCCAAUAUGUGAUUGCCCUUCUGAAGCUGCUGCUGGCUGCCGCCCCGACAUCCAAAGCCAAGACGGACUCCAUCAAUAUACUGGCCGAUGUGCUGCCUGAGGAGAUGCCAAUCACGGUCCUGCAGAGCAUGAAGCUGGGCAUUGACGUGAACAGACAUAAGGAGAUAAUUGUCAAGGCAAUCUCUGCACUGCUGCUGCUGCUGCUCAAGCACUUCAAACUCAAUCACAUCUACCAAUUUGAAAUUGUUUCUCAACACCUGGUGUUUGCUAACUGUAUCCCACUCAUCCUCAAGUUCUUCAACCAGAACAUCAUGUCCUACAUCAGUGCCAAGAACAGCAUUUGCGUGCUAGACUUCCCCCACUGUGUGGUCCAUGAGAUGCCAGAGCUCACAGCUGAGAGCUUGGAAGCUGGAGACAGUAAUCAGUUCUGCUGGCGGAAUCUAUUUUCCUGCAUCAACUUGCUGAGGAUCCUCAACAAGCUGACCAAGUGGAAACACUCCAGGACCAUGAUGCUAGUGGUGUUCAAGUCUGCUCCCAUCCUGAAGAGGGCGCUCAAGGUCAAACAGGCCAUGAUGCAACUGUAUGUUCUCAAGCUUCUCAAGAUCCAGACUAAGUACCUGGGCAGGCAGUGGAGGAAGAGUAACAUGAAGACCAUGUCGGCCAUCUACCAGAAAGUACGACACCGGCUUAACGACGACUGGGCUUAUGGCAACGAUAUUGACGCGCGGCCGUGGGACUUCCAGGCGGAGGAAUGCGCUCUCAGGGAGAGUAUCGAGAAAUUCAACAGCCGCCGCUACGACAAGAACCAGAAUGGAGAGUUCGCCCCAGUGGACAACUGUCUGCAAAGUGUACUGGGCCAGCGCGUGGAGCUCCCGGACGACUUCCAGUACAGCUAUGAAAUGUGGUUGGAGAGAGAGGUGUUCUCACAGCCUAUCCAAUGGGAGGGUCUACUUGAGCGAAAUUAAUAAUGGGGAAGUAUGGACACAUAGAACAGAAACAUGUGCCUAGGAAUAAUCUGAGCUUCAUGUAAAUCUAGGCAGGAAGAACGUGUCUAUUUUUAAACACCUGUAUCAAUGCAGACUUUUUCCACUAAAUAUAUGUACAUACAUGCAUACACACCAGUAAAAACUAAAAUAACAUGGCAGUGGGAGCAGGAUGCGACACUACAAACUUUGUUGAACUCUAGGUCCAAACCAACGGCUAUGUUUUAAUUUGGUUCUCAACCGUUAAUUAACCUACUCUAUACCACAGUUCUUACUUUAUCAAGUUCUGCAAGUUUCAUGCUUUAUGACUCUUACAAAUAUUUGAAUCAAAAAAUAAAUUACACUGAUACACCUACUGGUGGCCAGUUCACAUGAGCUUAUAAGAUGAUACUAAACAAAAUAAUAUGUUCCUGUACACAAAACUUUUUAGUAUUUAUAUGCAUAUUUAGUAGUCAUGGCAACAAGUACAAUUGUGAUUCAGCCACACUAGACAAACAAUAAGUUUCUCAUUGUCCCCCAGGCUUUGAAAACGAACCAGCUAAAUAUUUAACAUGCCCCGACCGACAAAAUAAGCAUCAGCUCAUCCAUGCUAAUUUUUUUAUAGAAAAAGUACAGCUUCUCAAGAACGGCCAAUAAAACACUAUUCCCCAAGAUCACUAUACAAAAACUGAAGAUAUCUGAAAUAAUUUAAGUCAACAUGAAAUACAGAUGACAUUCAGAUACUGCUAAAUUGAAUGUUAGAAUGUGCAGUCAAGUGAUGUAAGCAUCUUUGAGCGUAGCCACCCUCCUGGGCUUUUCACACAACAGUGUCUAGGGUUUACAGAGAAUGGUGCAACAAAAAAUUAUAAGUGGUGGCAGAAGGAGAAUGGCAGAAAUCAUGCAAGCUAACAUGCAGGAAACAUAGGGGCAAGUACUGAGACCAUACAAUAGUUGUGUGUAGAACAGCUUCUUGGAACAGAUGGCUUGUUGGUGUUGUCACAGACCGGCUGUUGAAGCAACCAGCAGGAACCACUCCCAUCCUUUUAAAAAUAAGAAACUCCAGUGGGCAGAGGGGAUACCAACAUUGGUUAGUUGAGGAGUGGAAAACCACUUGACAAAAUCCUGUUAAAUUUUUCUUGAGUUAUUUGAACUGUCACAGACCUCAACACAAUGGAACACCUUUAGGAUGAGAUGGAACAGGAAAUAUGUGUGUAUCUUAUCAAAUGGCCACUGGGUGUAUUUCCCUUCCAUCACCUGUGCUUUGGAAUAAUUGAUUUUAUAUCCUCAAUCUUUUUUUAUGGAAGUGUAUGUUUAUGCGCUGGUAAGGUUUAAUUUAUGCUGUACAUUUUUACAGGAUUUGUACUUUUCCAGGUGCAUUUGUUGUCAUAACCGUCAAGUUGGAGUGCUUGAUAUUCACAUCUGUUGAUGAUAUUGUGGUUGAUAUUUCUAGAACGAAGGCUUUUUGGAAAGAAUACCACUGUGUAUUGUCAGGGUGCUUUUGAUAUUUACGUUGGGAAAGAAUAUAACAUCUCAGAUAUUUCUCUAAUAGCAGUAAUUCGUUUUCUGAAGCCAAUCUGAAGGGUUUGGCAAUAGAUUUGGAAUAAGGAGCGAGCUGCGUAACGUACCUCAGAUUGGAAGGCUGCCUGGGUAACUCAAGCAGUUUCUUUGACUUGUUCUGGUUGUGUGACUCCUGAGGAUGUUCUGUGUUUCUCUCAGUUUCAGCACCCAAUCCACCGCUCCACUUCCACAGCUCCAAGUGUGCUUGGUGAGGGUUUUCUCUUCUUUACUGAAUACACAGUAGUUGUCACGCAAUGGUGCUGAAUUUUUUUACUUACCUCUGUUGUCUAGUCAAUUUCUAAACUAGAACUACCUAGGGCUGUCAAGACCCAUACUAUUAUCUAUUAUAACUUUUGGGUUUUCUGUCACUUUUCAGAAGGUUUGGGAAAACUGAUGACACAAGCACAUAAGACAUUAUCACCUUUUCAUAGCUUUUAUUUGUCUCCAGGGAAUUUGUGUAGGAGGCUGCAGAUGUACUUUUUAUGUAUCAUCAUGUUUGUAUUGAACAAUGAUUGUGUAACUGAAUCUUGAAUAUUGUGCUUCACUGUGGAACUUUAGUGCAUGGCUGCAGUUUUAUAAUUUGAGUAUGUAAUAUUGAAACCUGUAUUCAGAAUUUUUUUAUACAAUAUUUUGUUUUUUAAGACAGUGUUUUUUUCUUUUUCUUUUAUACAUAGAAAAUUUACUCAGAGUUGGUAUAGGUUGGGUGUUUUGGUUUGCCAUUACAGUGGUGUGACGGAGUCAUCUGCAACGUUUUCUUAUCAAGCAGUUCUUAAGACGUCAAAUGUGUCCCACACACAUGAAGAGAAUGUUAUUUGGCCUUUUUUUAUGUCUCUCAUUCUUUUUGUGAAUGGCAAAAGCUUUCAGAAUAAUAUUACUUAUCUUGGGGUCCUCAGGUUUUAAGUAUGCAUAGUAUUUAUAGUCCAGGUUGUACAAUGACAGCGUCCUAUCCUUGAUACCAGUACAGGAUGUAAGAAUCCAAUUGGUGGAUAUUCAAUAACAUGGUAGUAUCAGUAAGCACUAAAAUGUAGUGUACACUUGAAUCAACACGUACAGUAAUGUAACACAAUGAUGAUAAUUGUUUUGCACUAUUUGUUGCCGUCAUACUCACAGCUUUUAUUUAGAAACCUUUUACCUCCUGUGCCAAAGCAAUGAGUGCCAGUUUGAAUUAGAAACUAAUGCCUUAUUCAGGGCAUCGCUUAUUUAAAAAAGAUAUGCUUUGCAAUGUCCCCUUUUCUAUCCGACAAUGUAUAAUAACUGGAAAUACUGUCAAGUACAUGUGUGUCUGAUUUCUGGCGCAGUUAGAGGAACCUAGGUGUGUUUGGAUGUUGCAAUGGGCUUUUGUCAAUGACAGGACAGUGUAAUACUGUUUUUGAUUUUGUUCAGGGGUAUGUGCAAUCACUGUCCUGUACAGAGGCAUUAUUCUAUAGAAAGACAUAUUAUAAUGGUAUCAAAGUUGCAAUUUGACUGAUAAUCUGUUCUUUCAUAUACUGUAUGUUUAUAAAUAAAGAGAUCGCUGGUUUGAA